GGCCGUUUGUGUUGUGUGUUGUGUUCAUGCAUGUUCAUUCUCCGAUCUCAAGUCUAAUUUUAUCAGAAAUUUCAGCAUUUGUCGUUCAGAUUUGUCAAUUUAACUCGAGACAGAAGCAAUAUCAAGAUCAAAAACACUGUUUGUUGAGUAGACAUGCAUGGUCGGCCUUUUGAUUCGUGUUUUGUCCGCGAAAGGAUGUCUCAACCAUCGGAAUUGAUCCAUUGAGCAUGCCGAGGCGGCCGAGAGUCGUUUACUCUGAUUCCGACCACAGCUCGUCAGAAUCAGACUUGGACCAGCUUGCCCCUGCAUCUUCUGUUGGUUCUGAUUCUUCUGAUUCUGAAGGCAGCGUCUCGAUAGCAGCCACCGACGGCUCAAACCCUCACCUCUCCUGUGAAGCGUCCAACGACUCCAAUUCACAAUCGGACGCCUCGCAGACUAUGUCAGAGAGAUCCUCAUCUGUCUAUCAAACGGAUGUUACAAUAAGUUCGAGUGCCAGUGAGGAAGAAAGCGAAGCUCUAACAGACGACGACUCUCAGUAUUCAGAGGACAGCGAAUACUCCGCGCCAGCCGAAAUGUCAGACGCCGACGACCCUCAAUACAUCGGCGAAGAUGGUACAAUCCGUCUGUCGGACGACACAGACGACUCUGAGGACAAUGACUACCACGACGACAGCAUCGUCAUCAUCGAGGACCGGGUGGUGCCUGCCGUCGCCGCCGCUGAGGUGCAAAUAGUACAGGAGGCGGCUGCUGCCCCAGUUCAGGUCGCCGAGCCUGCCAGAGAUCCCGAACCGGGACCGUCCGGCCAACAAACAGACGAAAACUCCUCCAAGACUGCAAAUGGUGCCAAGAAAAGACCAGCGUCCGAGAUGGCUAGUGACGGUGAUGAUGAUGAUGAACAAAUGUGUAUGAUCUGCUAUGACAACUGGGAGGGCACCGGCCCGCAUAGAAUUGUGUCACUCAAGUGCGGCCACCUGUUCGGCCAGUCCUGUGUCGAAAAAUGGUUGAAAAUGCACAAGAAGUGUCCAAAAUGCAACACACCUAAUAAAGUUAGCGAUGUGCGCAAGAUCUUCGCGCCCGUCAUUAAGGUCAAGGAGACAGACGCUGAGAAUCGCCUCAAGGCAGAACUGGACAAGGCCCUUAAAGAGAAACGGUUAAUGGAACUCCAACUGCUGCGAAAGGAACAAGAAAUGAGAAGCCUGCAGGAGGCGCAGGCACGUUUGGAAGCGAAUGCAACAAGUAGUGCCUCCGCUCAGAGCUCCACAGCCAGGGGCUCCACUGCAGCUGCACAAAGCUCCACUGCGCGCUGCUCCACCCUCAUCAGAAAGAGUAGCAACUCACACUUGGACCGCAGAUUCCAUUUCAAAUUGACGAAAGACACGAAACUGCCGUUCGGAGGCGGCCGAGUUAUGGCUUUCUGUCCCUGGGACAACAAACUCGCAGUGUCAUGCGCCUCGCCAAUGGAUGGGUAUUUCGGCCUGAAAAUGCUGAACUGCGAGCGCAGCUUCAUGGUGCAGAACAUUGACUCGUUCCACGCGCAGACGAUCCGUGACCUUGCCUACUGUCCCAACAGAGACAGCAACCUCCUGCUCACUGCCUCUUUAGACAAAACUGCCAAAAUGGUCGACCACCGCGCCAGCUGCGUCGUCCAAACCUACAGGGUGCCGAGCCCCGUGUGGAGUUGUUGCUGGGACACGACCGGCGUGAGCGGCGGCCGCGUUGACAAGAUCAGCUUGGGAAUGGCCAAUGGCGAGGUCUACAGGUACGACAUGCGAAUGGCGUCGAACGCGGAGCCAAUGCUGGUGCUGGGCAAGCGGACGCCUGGCUGCGCCGGCCAGGACAUAACGGGUGUGCACUCGCUGGUCGCCAUUCCAGCCGGUGCGAGCGACUCGCUGCCCCGCGGCGCCCUGCUCGCCAGCCACAUAAAGUCCUGCCACAUCUUCAGUGGCGAUGAGGAUGCCUUUGGCGCCAAGCUCAACAUCGAUGGCACCUUCAGCUGCAUGAGAGCGGAGCCUGUGACCGGACACAUUCUGAUCUCAAACAAGCAGGCGAACCACCAGGUGAUGCGGGUGCGCAAAGGGGCUGGCCUGGCGCCGGACAGCGUGCUGGAGCCCGUGAUGCCGAUCGAAGAGUUCAGCCAGCCGCAGCAGAACCUGGCGCGCUCGGCCGUGUCCACCUACGUUGACGAUCGCGUGACCAAGCUGUUGGUGGCCGGCCACGACGAGAUCAGUCACACGGUCAAAAUUUGGUCCGUGACCGAAGGAGGCACGUGCAUGGGCACCCUGCCGCUGGCCUCCAAUGCCAUGGACAUCUGCUGCCUCACCUUCAAUCACAGCACCUACUUUGCCUUCCUCACCGCCAACAAGCUAUCUGUUUAUGAUAUGUUUAUUAAGUAGUGGUAUUGUUUCAUUUCGGUGAUGCUCAAUAAUUCCUAGGUUUAUUUACUACUUAAAGCUGCCUCAAAGAUGGAGCCAAUGCCCAGUCCUACUUGUUGGUCUAUGAAAUACCUGAUUUAAUAAAACGUGAUUAUUUUUCUAAA